AUGAUCAUGAUUUAAAUUGUUAGUGCUCUUGACUAUAUACAUGAGUAAAAUUUCAUUCAUAGAGAUAUAUCGCCAGACAAUAUCUUAGUCUUCAAUAAUGAAAAGUUUAAGAUUUGUGACUUUGGAGUAGCUUCAUAUGGCUCAAUUACUUUUGAAUAAGUUGGUAAAAGAGAUUAUAUGGCACCGGAGAUUCUACUGGCUGAGGAUGGCUAUGAUAAAACUUGCGAUAUAUGGUCUUUAGGUAUUUUACUCUACUACUUGUGUACUGCGCAAUCAAAAUAUCAAAGCAAUAGCUUAUUAUUUUCAAUUAGAAAGAAGAAGAGUAUUGUCUUACCCAGCAUAUACUCCUAAUUUCAAGGUCUGCUUAAUAAAAUUCUUUAGAUUAAACCUCAUAAGAGACCAGGUUUAAAUGAUAUAAAGUAAGAUCUAGCCUCAAUGAUUCAAAACAAAGAAAAUUAUGUCGAAUAUUAGAAAGAAGUUCUCUUGUACGAGCUUAAUAUUCAAUUGAAUAAACUUAAAAAAAGCUAGUCAAAAAUAUUUGAUAUACUUGAAAAGCAUAGUGCUCUAGAUAUUUAGAAUUUACAUCCAGAAAUCAAAACAAAUUGCUAAUAAUUAGACAAGAUAUUAUAAGAAUAUUAUAUCCAAUUAACCUAAAUCAAACAAAUGGAUUUCAAUAACUCAUAAAAUGAAAGCAAAGCAAGUGUAAAUUUAAUGAAGUAUAGACUUAAGGACUUUAGCAGUUAUAAUAAAUUAGAAAAAAUUUUAGGAUAAAUUUAAAAUUAAGAAGAUUAAGGCUACAAUGAUGAGAUCUAGUAAAAUUUAGACAAUGAACAUGAUUUCAGUCCCUAUGUGAUAAAAAAGUCUAAGAAAAUAAAUUAAACUAGAUUGUAACGAAUAGUAAGGUUUGAUGAUAAUAUAAUAGCAACUGAUGGUUUAGCCAAGCUUUUAAUAUUUGAUUAAAAUCUAAACGAGCUUUAAACUCUUAAAUACUAAUGCUCAAUGUUUCUCCAAUAGAAUGGAUAAUUAUACUUAAUUGGCAAACAAAAGAUUGAAAUUUUAAAUCUCAGCGAUUUUAAUGUCAUGACUGAUAAGAGCCUGAAUACUGAAUCUAAAAUAUCCUAAGUAGCUUAGUUUUAAGACAAUUUAUUAAUGAUAUGUUAAUAUGAUGGAUUUGUCUAGCUGGCUAAUUCUGAGAGUUUUCAAGUACUUCAAACAUUUUUCAUUUCAUAAUGGCAGGAUUUGUUUUCACUCGAUAUAUGUAAAAUCACAACUAUUAGUCAGUAGAAUCUAAAUGAAAUCAGAUUUGCAAUAGGAAUGACUCUUGGACUGUAUAUUAUAAGAUUCAUUCAAAUGGAUAAUAUGUAAAAAUUCGAAUUAGACAUCUUAAAUGUCAUCAAAUCAGAUGUACCAAGCGGUUAUUCAUCUUUGAUACAACUAUAUUGA